CUUAGUCUCUGUCUGUCUGCAACGAAACACUAAGGUGCUUGUUGCUUCAAUUUCUCGUCUAUGUUAUCAGAUUUUGUGAGUUAACAUCGCUUAAUUGAAGCAGACAGCUUACUUCGAUAUCCCGCUAAAAGAUGAGUGACCCUGACUUCUCACAACCAAGGCACUUCAGUGACGUGGUGCUUUCUGUGGAGGGAACCAAAUUUCACGUCCAUAGGAGUACGCUGUCUAUGUGGUCCCCAGUGUUCGAGAAAAUGUUCACGUCCGAAUUCGUGGAGAGAGACGCAAAAGAGAUAACUUUGCCUGGGAAAAAAGCAGACGAGAUUGAAGUGCUGCUCAAGAUAAUGUACUCUCAAGGCAGAGCUCGUCAAAUAAGAGAAGAAAAUUGUCAAUUCCUGCUGGAACUGGCCGAGGAAUACCAGAUGGACACAGUUAAGGAGCUUUGCUGCGAAUACCUUUCUGGCAACGUACAGGAUACAACCUGUGUGAAGUUUUAUAUGAUUGCAGAAAGAUUUAGACUUGAUUCUUUGUUGAAAGAAACACUCCAGCAAACGAAAUAUCUGCCUUGGAGGACAUUGGAUCAGGACGCGUAUUUUGAUAAACUUCCCGACAAAACCAAACUAGAAAUCUGCAAAACAAGGAUACAGGAGCUUGAAAAGACUCUGGCUGAAUAUGUAAAUACAUGUUCAAGCCUUGUGGAUGCAGUGUAUAGAAAAGUUGCGGAGAAAGUUCAGACUACAGAGUGUGAUAAUUACGAGGUUCAUCGUUGCGGAGUGAGCGAACGUUUUAAGCUUUCUUGCAAGUGCUGUAGGAGGCGAGUUCAGUAUGCAGAAUGUGACUUGGAGUAUUGGAUUUUCAGAACACAGCUGAAAAAGUUGUUUGAUUUGGAACACUAUAAUAAAACAGCUCGGGAAUGUAAAGGCUGAAUAGUGUGAAAAAAUUAAACGCCAACCCGCAGUUUUGGAACAAAGCGGUCAAACGUCUGCGCAUGUACAAGCGUCGUAAUGACUAAGGACUGAGUGGCUUGCUUUCAGGCUGUUACAGGUAAUCAUACUAGCCAGUGAGUCACGGUGUUUUAUAAGCGAAUUACUUGUUUGGUAAUUAAAAGCUCAAUACAGGACGGUAAUUCAACAGGAUACCCGUUCGUGAAUAAGCUUUGUGUUCGAAAAGUCUCGAGUUUUCCUUUUCCAUAAUUUUGUUUCCUGUACAGGAACAGCACAGGAAACAGCGUACAGCGGCUUGGUUAGGAUGUGUUUCCUAGAAAUUUUGCGUGGGAAAUUGGCGGCCAAAAUGAAUCCCCUCGCGCAUGCCUUUCGUUUUGACCGCUGUGCUCAGUGUUGGCCGGUUGUUGGGCUUACAUUGUAAUUGAAUUUGCUUCUUCAUAGAAAAAAGGGGCCGGUCUUUAUUUAUCG